AUGUCAGCCAACAAUGCGGAUGAUGCCCUUUCUUCUUCCCCAGAGGAUGCUGCCUCGGCCUCUACCGCGUCUUUCCUGACCUCCCUCUUUAUGAAUUCUGGGAUAGCUGGGGGAGCGUUCGUGGCAUUCGUUAUCAUGAGACGCUGGCUCAAGGCAAUCUACGAGCCGAGAACAUAUAUCCCUCCUACCCACAAGCAAGCGCCUGUACUGGGAACACAUCUACUAUGGCCAUUAUGGCAGAUAUUGAUGGCCGAUCCGGAAGAGAUAUUGCAAAAGAAUGGAGUCGAUCCAUAUGUCUUUGUCCGGUUCACAAUGAUGAUGGCCAAGGCCAUGGUACCGAUCUGGCUUAUCUCUUGGCUAGUUCUAUUGCCCGUGUACUCGGCAGAUUCUCAUGUGGACGGGAAAGAGGGACUAGACAAGUUUACCUUCGGCAAUGUCGCCAAGGCCAAACAGUCUAGAUAUUGGGCACCUCUCAUACUGGAUUUCAUCUUCAUCUUUUGGUUUUUUUUUGUGAUUUGGCACGAGAUGAAGCAUUGGCUGGUUGUACGCCAAAGGUAUCUCGUCAGCCGUAGCCAUUCAAAACUACCUCAAGCGAAUACCGUCUUAGUCACGGGAAUCCCCAACCACUACCUCAACGAGAAGAAACUUGAACAAUUGUUCUCGCAUCUCCCAGGGGGUGUGAAACGAACUUGGCUGAAUCGAAAUUUGAAAGAGAUGCCUGGCUUCUAUGAUCGACGGGAACAUGCUACGAAACUUUUGGAGUCGGCUCAAGUGAAACUCAUCAAGAUCGCCCGCAGAUACAAGCUUCGGCAAGAGAAGAAGAUCGAAAAACUGGAGAGGAAAGGGAAACCAAUCCCGGCCAAGUUGCUGGGACCUGCCAAUCAUCGCCCACAUGUCUCCUCCAAGAGAGAUUCGGUUCCUCAGCUACCUAUGCUAGACUUUGCCGCCGAUCGCAAAGCAGGGUUUUCAGAAAAUGGUCGCUCAGUCGAGACGGAUGAGCAGCUGCAAGUAGCCGAAGCGCCCCCGUCUAGCGCACAAGAAUUAGAACUUGUUGAUCGUUUGGUUCCCCAUCACAAGCGCCCAAGGCAUCGGAUAAAACCCCGUUGGUCCCCCAUCCGCCUCGGGUUCCUCCGCCUCGGGCACAAGGUCGAUACAAUCGAAUGGUGCCGGGAAGAGAUUGCUCUUUGUACGGCUGAACUGGAAAAGAGCAGGGCAAAGUUGAUGGAGGAUAUUGAACACCCUGGAAAGGACGAUCGCUAUCCGCCUCUCAGCUCGGCAUUCAUACAUUUCAACCAGCAGAUCGCGGCUCAUAUGGCCGCGCAGUGUCUGACUCACAAUCAACCGUACACAAUGAACGCACGUUAUACUGAACAAUCCCCGCCCAACGUCAUUUGGAGCAAUCUUUCUUUGAAUCAAUACGAGCGCAAUGUGCGACAAGCGAUAUCUUGGGCGUGUACUGGCGGGAUGAUCUUUGCCUGGACUUUCCCUGUUGCAUUUAUUGGUGCUUUGUCCAGUGUAUCGGACCUUACCUCCCAGUUUCCGUGGCUCUCUUGGAUCGAAGGCGACACGUUUGACAAGAAAAUCAUUCAAGGUGUUCUCAGUGGUAUCCUUCCUCCCGUUCUUCUGGAAUGCUUGAUGAUGAUGUUGCCGGUAUCUCUUCGACAUUUGGCCAAAUUUGAGGGUGCCACUAACAAGACGGGCGUUGAACUCGAUUUGAUGACUCGAUACUUCGUGUUCCUGAUCAUUCACUCAUUCUUUGUCAUCACUCUGUCCGCUGGCUUGAUCAGCUCGCUCGAAACGUUUGCCAGCAACCCGCAAGCCAUCGCGACUACACUCGCGUCUCAGAUGCCAACUGCAUCAACAUUCUUCAUUACCCUGGUGCUCACACAAUUUACGGGCACCAUGGGAACCCUUUUGAGAUUAUGGAAAUUGUCAAUCUAUUACGUACAAGUCAUUCUAUUGGGAGGUACCCCACGUUCAGUGUAUAGUACCCGAUAUGAUUUGAAUCAUCCUCAGUGGGGAGAGACGUUCCCUGGCAUCACCGUCUACGCUGUCAUGAUGAUCGCUUAUUGCGUCAUAUCCCCUGUCAUCAAUGGCUUCGGAGCUGCAUUUUUCAUCUUUGCAACGAUGGUCUACAAGUUCCACUACAUCUGGGUGAUUGAUCAGCCAGCGUCCUCGGAUACGGGUGGACUGUUCUUCCCCAAGGCAAUCACCCACAUGUUUGUUGGCAUGUAUAUACAGGAGAUUUGUAUGGCCGCCCUGUUCUUCUUGGCGCGAGACGACAAUGGCAAGGCCAGCGCUCUCCCACAAGGAGGUCUGAUGAUCGUUCUAGGAAUCUGCACUGUCUUUUUCCAGUACACAAUUGUCGUGCAAUAUGGCCCCCUCAAACACUGUCUUCCUCUCUCUCUGGCUCAUCUCAGCUACGGCAUGCCCAAAGAGGCCCACCAUGAGGACAGUGUGAUUGGCGAAGCCUACCAUGAUGAGGGCGAAAAAAUCGGGGAUGGCGAAAGGAAACGAGACAUCCUACGCAAAUUCGGUAAUAGCCACAUCAACUUUACCCCUUCACGACAACCCCUAAUCGACCGGAAAGCCGAAAGACAAGAGAGCGGGGAUACCGUGGAGGUGGAUAUUGUGGACGAACCGUCAGAAAUAUCUUUCUCGCCUACCUCUCCUUGCAGCGAAAAGGGUAAAGGGGGCGCGAUCAAGAGAGACCGGGAAGCAACGUUGGUGGGGAAAACGGAGCUCUCAGAGAAGGGCACUUAUCUUGAUGAUGACAGAGGACCUGAUGUUGUGGCCGUCCCAAGCCCGUCGAGGAUCUUCAGUUCGAGUCCUACCAAAACCCGCUCACGCGGAUCCAAUAUAUCUCUCUCUGCUCCUCCCUACGCCUCUCGGCCCUCUUCCCCCGCACCCACCACCGAGACAUACGCGGUCGACAAUCCUGAAGACGGACAUGCUUCUCGUCGCCACCACUACUUCGCAGUCCCUGGCGGCCCCGGUGUUCUUCACCACAAGGUCGAGGACGAGGCCACGGCCUUCUUCCAUCCAGCCACCAAGAACCCACAAAUGGUUAUCUGGCUCCCUGAAGACGAACUAGGGUUGUCAAAGGCUGAAGUUGAAGCCAACAUGAGGGCCGGGGUGAAAUCAAGCCUCGAAGGUGCAUGGUUGAAUGAGAAGGGUUCCGUGCAAAUUUCAAAACCUCCACCCGACGAUCAAUAA